GCGAGCUCCGAUGCGUGGAUGGGCAGUGGAGUGGCCGAAUCAUUUGCUCGGGGCUUAGUGCCGCCCCUUGGAACUGGAGAUGUAGUGCCUCUGAGCAUAUAUAGAAUGCUAUUUCUGAAAAAGACAAUGUGUGCCUUUAGGUUGGUGAAGCUCGCCGCUCUCUUAUUGGCGUAAGUCUAAAUCCGAGGCAUCUGAUUUUUGCAAAGCAGUUAAAUACUUCGGUUCCGCUUUCAUCAUGACUUCCAUCUCUGGAAAAAUCAUUGGAAUCAAAACCAUCUUUGUAUACUGCUUUUAAUUCCCCUGGUGAAAUGGCCUUUUAAAAAACCUUCUUGCCCAUUCUUGCAAUAUCUUGGAGGCCUAAUAAAAGAUAUUAUUAAAACCUAACCAGACCAUGGAAGAGGCCAGCACUGUGGAGGAAGGGGAAGUGACCUCAGGGAUGCAAUCCUUGGCAGUGGAAGAUGGGCCUGCUUCAGAUUUAGCUUCUGCCACUGAGGAACAAGAUGCUGCCGCCAGAGAAACAGAGAGGGAAUUAUCAGGGAAGGGUGAUGAAUCUGCUGAAGAGGACUGGUGUGUCCCCUGCAGUGAUGAGGAGCUGGAUUCUCCAGAUAACUGGAUGCCUGAACCCAAGGAGAUCCGCCAUUUAUAUGAGCUCAUUGCUGAACGCGGGACUCUGGAGAUUCAGGCCGAAAUCCUCCCUCGGCGCAACCUAACCCCAGAGCCUGACAGUGAAGAUGAGGAUAAGUCUGAAGGACAAUCUGAACACCAGGAAGAAGAGGAAGAGGAGAAGCUUCAUGUGCCUACUGAGUUCGACUUUGACGAUGAGCCUGCCUCUCCCAAAAGCUCCUUGAUUGAUCGACGGAGAACUCCUGGGACUAAGAGUCAGAAAAGAGAAGCCCGCCUGGACAAGGUGCUAUCAGACAUGAAGCGCCAUAAAGUGCUGGAGGAGCAAAUUAGGAAGACUGGCUGUGACCUCUUUGACCUUGAUUCAGAUGAUGUACCCACUCCAAAACGACCCUCUGGUCUCUUCCUUCGUCAGCGCAAAUACUAAUGGUAAUGAAUAAGAGGAGCCGAGAGAGGAAGAUGGAGUGGAACUAUGGAUUCAGAUACAAGGGGAAGGAACUCCUGCAUAAACUCGAUGCCUCUGUUAGUACCCUGGAAUUUGACCCUGAUCCCAUCUGGGUUGCUGGAGGUACUUGCUUUCAAGUUUUGGGGUGUAAUAAAACUGUGAGU